CCACCACCACGGCCGACAAAGACCACGUUUGCGCGUCCUUACGUACACGUACACGCACGCAACACGCUCGCAUAGACGCUCGCACAUAGAGACUCCCCUAGACCCCGCCUGCAUCUUGUCUCUGCCCCGUCUUGCUUCUUUUCUCCUCUCCCCUGCAGUCGACGCUCUCGUCCUCGUCUGCAAUGUGUGCAUAGCUGUUCUCGUCUCUUUUCCCUUCCCUCUCUCUCUGUACAUCACCUCCCUCGUGCUCUCCUCCACUCGCCCUUCGUCCUCAUGCUCCCCGUGCCUGGCAGCCCGGGUGCCUCUCUGGACCGGUACAGAGCCCGCCUGGCCGCCAUCUUCCACGGCGCCGACCCGCGCGUCUGCCUCGCCUUUUGGCUUUUCGGUACCCAGACUCUGCCCACUCCCCUCGCUCCGCUUUUCACUGCAGCGCCUCGACUGACGUGCUGUCAAUGUUGAACAUAAAAUACAGGCCUCAUAAACAAUGUCCUCUACGUCAUCAUCCUUUCCUCCGCUCUCGACCUCGUAGGACCUGCCGUUCCCAAGGGUCUCGUCCUCCUCGCUGAUGUCGUCCCCUCGUUUCUCACCAAGCUUACGGCGCCCUACUGGGUCGACGCUGUUCCCUACACGAUCCGAAUAUGGCUGCUUGUCGGUCUCUCCGCCAGCGGCAUGCUGCUCAUUGCCCUAUCUCCACCCACCACCGAUUCGGCCUCUAUCGCCGUCAAGCUUUCGGGAGCUGUGCUGGCCAGCUUGAGCAGUGGCCUCGGUGAGCUGAGCUUCUUAGGCCUGACCCACUACUACGGUCACUUUGCUCUUGCGAGCUGGGGCUCCGGCACAGGCGGCGCUGGCCUUGUCGGCGCUGGCGCCUACGUGCUGGCCACCACCACCAUCGGUCUUAGCGUCCGUACCAGCCUGCUCAGCUUUGCCUGUCUGCCAGCCAUCAUGGUCGCAGCAUUCUUUGGCAUUCUACCGCUCGAGCCCCUGCGCACCGCAAGAUCUAAAGCUGGCGGUUACGAACCUUUAGAUCAGCGAAACGAUGACGUCGUACCAGCCGUGCUGGACGACGACCCGGCCCUGACUGAGCAUGAGGGUCUACUGGCCGCAUCGAUGCACUCGACCAGGAGUUUCAGUGCUGCCUCUCUUCGCGGAGAGAGCAAUGCCAUUGCCAAGUUCAAGACAAAUUUGCGGCGCGCGAGCCGCCUAUUCUUCCCAUACAUGCUCCCUCUACUCCUCGUCUACAUUGCAGAGUACACUAUUAACCAGGGUGUCGCCCCAACUCUACUCUUCCCUCUUGCCUCGUCACCCUUCACCGAGUACCGCUCGUUCUAUCCGACGUACAACGCCAUAUACCAGACUGGCGUCUUCAUCUCUCGCUCUAGCACGCCCUUUUUCCGCAUCCACGCCCUGUACCUGCCAUCCCUGCUACAAGUUGGUAACCUGGUUCUUCUCGCAACGCACGCCAUGUUCGAUUUCAUCCCCAGUGUGUACAUCAUAUUCAUCGUCAUCUUCUGGGAGGGCCUCUUGGGUGGUCUUGUGUACGUGAGCACGUUCGCCGAGAUCACGGACCGCGUUCCCCGCGAGGAUAGGGAGUUCAGCUUGGGAGCGACGACAGUCAGCGACUCAGCCGGCAUCUGCAUUGCCGGAUUCGUGGGGAUGGCGCUAGAGGUCUCGUUGUGCAACUACCAGGUCAGGCACGGCAGGGACUAUUGCAGGCGCACAUAGUUUGCAUACGACCCAUGAAGGGCCGCUGUAUGUAUUAUAUGACACGAUUACCACGGACGGGUUUCUUUGAGCGACUGCUACGCCAUGGAUCAUACCUGUUUAGGCUUAUAGAUUAGAGGCGCGUAAAUCAUUCUUCUUGCCAAAGAA